UCCUCCUUCCCGGGCCGGGCGGGGGCGUCGGGCGCCGCGAGGGCCUGGCUGCCCGGGUGGGAGGGGGCGCCGCGGCAGCCAGUGCAGCCGAGCCGCGCGGACGACGGCGGCCGCUCCUCAGCAGCCGCCCGGCGAGCCGCGAGCCCCCCAGCGCCCCCGCUCGCGGCCCCCGCCCCCUGGCCGUCCCCGCCUCCUUCCCUCACACACCCCCCGGGCCGCCCGGGCCCCAGGCCUUCCCGGCGCUCCUCCUCCCUCUCUCCAAACUCCGCUGCUGUCCGCCUGCCUCGCCGUCUCCGGGGCGACUUCUCCUCCUCAGGCUCUCCUUUCACACACAGACACACACACACACACACACGCACGCGAGCGCGCGCGCGCUCUGGCUCGCUGGGCCGCCCCCUUUUCUCCAGCCCUGCUCACCCUCACCCUCACAAUCCUUUAAACGCUGCCGUCGGGGGUGGGCGGAGGAUUGAUGUCCCUUCAGCAUCAUGCAGCCGCCGCCGAGGAAGGUGAAAGUUACACAAGAACUGAAAAACAUUCAAGGUGAGCAGAUGACAAAACUUCAAGCCAAACAUCAAGCAGAAUGUGAUUUACUUGAAGAUAUGAGGACUUUCAGUCAGAAGAAGGCUGCUAUUGAAAGAGAGUAUGCACAGGGUAUCCAGAAGUUGGCUAGUCAAUAUCUGAAGAGAGAUUGGCCUGGAGUAAAAAGUGAUGAUCGGAAUAAUUACAGGAGUAUGUAUCCUGUUUGGAAAUCUUUUCUUGAGGGAACAAUGCAGGUAGCCCAAUCUCGGAUCAAUAUAUGUGAAAACUAUAAAAACUUCAUUUCUGAACCUGCAAGGACAGUAAGAAGCUUAAAAGAACAGCAACUAAAACGGUGUGUGGACCAGUUGACAAAAAUCCAAACAGAAUUACAAGAAACUGUGAAAGAUUUAGCAAAAGGUAAAAAGAAGUACUUUGAGACUGAACAGAUGGCUCAUGCAGUAAGAGAGAAAGCUGACAUCGAAGCAAAGUCUAAACUUAGUCUUUUUCAAUCAAGAAUCAGUUUACAGAAAGCAAGUGUGAAGUUAAAAGCCCGACGAUCUGAGUGUAAUUCCAAAGCUACUCACGCAAGGAAUGAUUACCUUCUUACGCUAGCUGCAGCAAAUGCACACCAGGACCGCUACUAUCAAACAGAUCUAGUUAACAUAAUGAAGGCUCUCGAUGGAAAUGUGUAUGACCACCUCAAGGAUUAUUUAAUAGCCUUCAGCCGGACCGAGCUAGAAACUUGCCAAGCUAUACAGAACACAUUCCAGUUUUUACUAGAAAACUCAAGCAAGGUGGUACGGGACUAUAACCUUCAGCUGUUUCUACAAGAGAAUGCUGUAUUUCACAAGCCUCAGCCCUUCCAGUUCCAGCCUUGUGACAGUGACACUAGCCGACAAUUAGAAUCAGAGACUGGAACCACAGAGGAGCACAGUCUAAAUAAGGAGGCUCGGAAAUGGGCCACACGUGUAGCGCGUGAGCACAAGAACAUUGUUCAACAGCAGCGGGUUUUAAAUGACCUGGAGUGUCAUGGAGUUGCCGUACCAGAGCAGAGUCGAGCAGAGCUGGAACAGAAAAUAGACGAAGCUAGAGAAAAUAUCCGCAAAGCAGAGAUAAUUAAGUUGAAAGCUGAAGCCCGGCUAGACCUACUAAAGCAGAUUGGGGUUUCUGUGGACACGUGGCUAAAGAGUGCCAUGAACCAAGUGAUGGAGGAACUGGAAAAUGAGCGGUGGGCUCGCCCUCCAGCUAUGACCAGCAAUGGCACGCUACACUCGCUUAAUGCAGAUGCUGAAAGAGAAGAAGGGGAAGAAUUUGAAGACAACAUGGAUGUUUUUGAUGACAGCAGCUCCAGCCCUUCUGGCACUUUAAGGAAUUACCCACUUACCUGCAAAGUUGUUUAUUCCUAUAAGGCUUCUCAACCAGAUGAGUUGACCAUUGAGGAACAUGAGGUGUUAGAAGUGAUUGAAGAUGGAGAUAUGGAAGACUGGGUAAAGGCUCGAAAUAAAGUUGGACAAGUGGGUUAUGUUCCAGAAAAGUACCUACAGUUUCCCACCUCAAACAGCCUGCUGAGCAUGCUGCAGUCUCUGGCCGCUCUGGACAGUCGGUCACACACGUCCAGCAAUUCCACAGAAGCAGAACUCGGUUCAGGCCUCAAUGGAGAUGCUAGUGUCUGUUUUGUGAAAGCACUUUAUGAUUAUGAGGGCCAGACGGACGACGAGUUGUCCUUUCCUGAGGGAGCAAUUAUUCGUAUCUUGAACAAAGAAAACCAAGAUGACGAUGGCUUCUGGGAAGGGGAAUUCAGUGGGCGAAUUGGCGUAUUCCCAUCGGUGCUAGUGGAAGAGCUCUCAGCUUCAGAGAACGGUGACACUCCAUGGACAAGAGAGAGUCAGAUCUCUCCAUCCCCAAAGCCGCACACGUCCCUGCCUCCACUGCCUCUGUAUGACCAGCCUCCCAGCAGCCCAUAUCCCAGUCCAGAUAAGAGGAGCUCCCAGUUCUUCCCCCGGUCUCCUUCAGCCAGUGAAAACAGCCUUCAUGCUGAAUCACCAGGGUUCUCACAAGCCUCAAGGCAGACUCCUGACACCUCAUAUGGCAAGCUGCGGCCUGUUCGGGCGGCACCCCCACCACCCACACAGAACCACCGACGGCCAGCUGAGAAAAUGGAGGAUGUGGAGAUCACACUGGUGUGACAGUGGGUUUACCUUCUGUUGUUGCUACAAUCAAGGCCAGGCUUGGAGUUUGGCCAGUCGUUUUUAGGCACCUUUGCAUGAUGAUGACUCUUGAACAGAGCAAAACCACGGAGGAUUCUAUGUGACUGGUUGGCCUGAUUGUGCCUUUUUUUGUUGUCAUUUUCUAUGUCAUCUCUCCUACCAUAGCACAAACCAUAGCGGGUCCUAGUUGCAGAGGGGAGCAGCUCUCAUGCCUUAUGGUGGCCCAUUUUUAUAUGAGACUCCAGGCCAGACCCAGAAUCACUGUACAGUAUAUUACUGUAGUCACAGGCUGUGGCAAAGAUCUCAUCUGUCUUCAAGUGGACUCUGCUCUUCUGAUUAAAAUUAAUCAGAUUAUGUUGACUAUAUAAGGAAACAAGAAGGAUCCAGGAGAGGCUGGCUCCUCCCUGAGGUUCAUUCCCAUACUGAAAAUGCAACCCUACUGGGAAGAAAGUGAACUGCCUGCGCUUAGCGCCAGUCGCAUUAAUGCACAUCUCUUCACAACUAACAGACUAAAACAGCAGUGUCCUUUGUGUUAAUAUUUAUGCCAUUCUUUUAGUAUUCGUGGGCUGAGCUGGAGGGCUGGAGCCACAUCCUGCCCGUCUCAUAGACGGGAGUAGAAGGGAGGCUAUGGCGGGAGCAGAAGUGGAGCUUCCAGAUCUGAAAUGAGCCACGUUAAUGUUCUUUUUGUCUUUGGGUAUUUUCCCUCUUGGUUUUUACAGUGUAUACACUUCUGACCAGUAUCGUUUGAACCCAAGUGUCUGGCUGCAUUGAGGACACAGGUCUACAUUGCACAGCUUCUCUAUGGGGAAGGCCCUUAUAUUAUUUUAUUCCCAAGCCAGAGUACUGGCCCAGACAAUGGGUUGUGAUUGGUGUAGAUCAGCUGUCACCUACAGAAAGUGCAGCUUCAGGUCCCACUGCCCUGGUAUUUGUCUGGGGUGAAGAACCUGUGGGCCCUGGAAGAAACCUGUUUCCUGCGUAAAGGAUAAAGGACUGCACACCUGCACAGGUGAAACCAAGGAGACCAGACCUGCAGGUCAUGGGAGAGCCACCUGGUGUUCCCUAUGGCCACAGCAGCAGGGCCCUGAAGGGCUGCCCCCAAUGUGGACUGUUAGGUCUUCUUGACCUAGGAAACAAAGUGAUGUUUGCCAAUUCCCUUUUACCUUGGUUAGGAAAUGAAAUUCACAGAUUUAAAGGUUGUAUGAUGCUCUGAAAUUUCCAUCCCUCCUGAGAAUCUCUAAAAACUUGAAAUGCGCACAUGUCCCCGUGGGAUCUUGACUGAUAUCAGAGCUGAAGGGAUUUCCAGUCGUUUGAUCACUUUAGCAACGAUGCUCUAAUGACUCUUCUCCAUAAAUCUGGAUUUUUGUUUUUUGGAUUUCUUUAUCUGUUGAUCUAUUUGAGGUCUUUUUAUGUUUAUCAAACUUAUUCUUAAGUUUAAAAAAUUAAAAGGGUGUUUUAAGAUUUUCAAAUUUGCUGAUCUUUAAAGUGCUUAUAAUAGAGCAAUUCCUGCCACCCAGUCUUGUUUUCUCUUUAGCUAACCAAGUUGUCCUUGAAUUUGAGUUUCCCAUAGCCUCAGAGUUAUUUGAACUCUUUUGUUAUAUUUUAUUUUUUUUGGAAGAGCUGCUAAUUUUAUUUUAAGGACAACGUUGAAAAAUAUGCCUUCUUUUUAAAAAAAUAACGCUUCUCUCCAGGCUGAGUAGCGGCAUCACCAUGCAUAGGUCAGGGCUCAGAGGAAGCCUCCGUGCGGGUGUGCUUUCUUUACAGUGGCUGUAAAAAGUUUGUAUUUAUUAUAUAUAAAAUGUUGAAUAAUAAAACAUGGAAUUAAGUUU